GUUACAUUAGUUAGCUUCUAAGGUAUAUCCUCAUGAAAAAUGAGUUGCAGAAUGGAUAUCAAUUUCAAAUUCACCGUACUAUGAUUACGUCGUCCAUAAGAUUGAAGAUUGUACCUAAAUUAUUCCAGAGGUUUCUCUAACCUUGGUUGCAAGUUCGUUGUGAUUUCAAAUCAUCGCGUGGUUUGUAGUCAAUGGCAUCCAUAUCUCUUUUGAACCCGAAAGCAGAGUUCGCAAAGGCUCAGCAUGCAUUCAGUAUCAAUUUGGCUGCCGCAAGGGGACUCUACGACGUUUUGAAAACUAAUCUUGGCCCAAAGGGGACCAUGAAAAUGCUUGUUUCAGGUGCAGGCGAUAUCAAGAUUACCAAAGACGGUAAUGUUCUGCUUCAUGAAAUGCAAAUACAACAUCCUACUGCAAGUCUGAUCGCGCGUGUAGCAACUGCUCAAGAUGAUAUGACAGGUGAUGGAACAACUUCAAAUGUCCUUCUGAUUGCUGAAUUAUUGAAGCAGGCAGAUGUUCACACUUCCGAAGGACUUCACCCGCGUUUGAUUACAGAAGGCUUUGAUAUCGCUGCAAACAAAUGUUUGGAUAUACUAUCCAAGUGUCGGAUCGACUGCCCGUCAGAAAUGCCAGAUAGAAGCACACUCAUAUCCGUUGCGGCGACAUCGCUCAAUACAAAGGUCCAUUCUGAUUUGGCUAACCUCCUGACUGAGCAUGUUGUAGAUGCAGUAUUAUCAAUUCGGCGACCGAACGAACCUUUAGACUUGCAUCGAAUUGAACUGAUGCAAAUGCAACAUAGAACUGAUAUGGAUACAACACUUGUAAAAGGGCUGGUAUUAGAUCAUGGUGGCAGACACCCAAAUAUGCCUAAACGUGUAACUAAUGCAUUUAUUUUGACUUGUAACGUUUCCUUCGAAUACGAAAAAACUGAGGUGAAUUCCGGAUUCUUUUAUAAGACAGCGGAAGAAAGAGCGGCCCUUGUAAAGUCUGAACGGGAGUUUAUUGACUCAAGAGUUCAGAAAGUGAUCGCUCUGAAAAAAAAAGUAUGUGGGGAGGUUAGUGAUGGUGACAAACCUGGAUUCGUAAUAAUCAAUCAAAAAGGAAUUGACCCAUUUUCGUUAGAUGCCUUCGCUCGAGAAGGAAUACUUGCUCUACGUCGUGCUAAGAAACGCAAUAUGGAAAGAGUAACUCUUGCAUGUGGUGGAUAUGCGCUGAACUCAGUCGAUGAAAUGACACCUGAUUGUCUUGGACAUGCCGGCCUGGUUUAUGAAUUUGUUUUGGGCGAAGAGAAAUAUACAUUUAUUGAAGAAUGUAAAAGUCCGCAGUCAGUAACUUUGUUGAUGCGUGGGCCUAAUAAACAUACACUCAACCAAAUCAAAGAUGCUGUUAAUGACGGACUGCGUGCUAUAAAGAACACAUUAGAAGAUGCCAAAAUCAAUCCCACUUCUUUCCGUCUUACGAAUCUCCCCUCUCACUCUGUUGAUAUAAAUUGUAGCAACCUAAACAGACACACUGUAAGCCUUUGAUAAUAAUUGACGGCGCUUUAGAUAUGUGAGGAAAAACCUUUUUGUCGGCUAUUACUUGGCGACUUGCAUGAAUCAAAUAUUCUCAGGGUUUUAUUUUUUGUUAAUUCCCAUCUUUCUAAAUUUUAGAGUGUGUCAUUCCAGGCGCAGGAGCUUUUGAAUUAGUUGCUUAUCGCGAGCUAUGCAAAUUUGCACAGUCUGUUAAGGGUCGUGCUCGUCUCGGUGUUCAGGCAUUCGCAGAUGCGUUGCUUGUUAUUUUAAAAGUCUUAGCUAGGAAUGCCGGUCAUGAUGCUCAGGAGACAAUGGUGAAAUUGCUUGAGGAAGCAACUAAGGUGGAUAAUCGUUGCAACCAUAUUAUCCCCACACAGCUCGUAGGAAUUGAUCUCACUACGGGGGAAGCAAUGAUCCCUGCUCAAGUUGGAGUUUAUGACAACUUCAUUGUGAAAAAACAAAUAAUUAAUUCAUGUUCUGUUAUUGCCUCCAAUAUAUUGCUUGUUGACGAAAUAAUGCGAGCCGGAAUGAGUUCUCUCAAAGGUUAAAUUCUUGCUUUUAAGAAUUCAUUAAAUAUAUUUGUGUGUCUAUUUGUGUUCUGCCUUUAAAAUAUCAUAUUUUAAUCAAAGUCUUUCUGCAAAACUGUACCACUUAUGUUUGUUAGCAAAAUCCGCCUUAAAAACACUAAUUCUGUACUCGAGUGCGGUUGUUAGACUCCUUCAUCUUAAUAUCAUGCAAUGGCAUGGUCUGAUGCCUGCAAUCAGUACGUCGUAUCACGCAAUUUUAAAAACAUACUUCAAUUGUUAGAUGCUUGUUUUAGUACGCAGUCAGAAGAAGCUCAGCAACUAAAAAUACUGUUCAUGCAGACAGAACUACGCGCAUGUCGUGAGUGUUAAAAUACUUAUAGGUAUUACCGUAGUUCUCAUAAUUCAAACACAAUGAAAUAUCGUUUGCUUAAAGUGUCAUUGAGAAGAAAACGAUAAGAGCUUGGUCUAAUAAGUCUGUUGUAUAUGGAAAGUCCUAAGUUGACUUCCUUCUUGUAGCUUGCACAGUGCGUCGUAGUUAAAACGUAUUCCUUGUUCAAGUAUAUUAUGACCCAUGGACAACUGCAAAUCUUAAAGAAAACAAAGCUUUUCGGGAAUAACUUCGUUGUUGCGAUUUGGAAAGAAGUCGGCUAUUGACCUACAUUAUUAUGUCGGUCUUUCGUAUUAUUACUACUUAUAUUAAAAGGUGGAUGAGGUAUAUUCGGGUUGUAAUAAAUGACAUUUUUAGGUUUUGACCCGCGCAGCUGAAUACUUUCAACUUCGGGUUUUUUAGACGUGACGGGUGAUGUAUGCUUCACUAUCUAAUUCAGACUUGAUCAUUAGCUUAGUGAUACAGUGCUGCGUUGUGGUUCUAAUUACAAGGUCAUCAUGCAUUUUUGUACAAUAGAAUGAAACUUAGUCGUUCCUAUGUGUUUGCUUUGAUAUAACAGAUUCCCUAUACUUGAUUAAAUGUGAAAAUAUACAUAAUAACUGCCAAUAAAACGAGGUUGUUCACACGAUAUCCGUCUAGCAACCAAAGGA